GGAAGUAAAUAUACCAUUUCAAAAUGGCGUCUUGUCUGGCAAAUAACCGAACUAGAGAAGCAAUAAAAUAUUGCGUGGAAUGUCAGGGAUAUUGUUGCAAGGAAUGUACCGAUAUUCAUAACGGAUUACCUGGUUUAAAAGGCCACGCGCUUUUAGAUAAAUCAAAUUAUAAGUCGUCAAGCCUCCAAGCUGGAUUACCAGCAGUACCGACGGAGAGAUGUAGCAUUCAUCAGACAAAGAUCGUGGAUAUGUACUGUGGUAAUCAUGAUGAGGUUGGUUGUACAACAUGCAUGGCUUUAAACCACAGGUCUUGUGCUGAUGUGCAAUCCAUUCCAGAUAUUGUCGAUAGUAAAUUUCAAACGACAGAUGUUGACAAAAUACACCAAACGUUGCAAGACAUAAAAAUGAUGAUAGAGAAAAUUAUAAAAUCUAAACAAAGACUGAUAGAAGACUUAAAGAAGUCUAAGACGGAAGCAGUAAUGGCGAUAAAGGACUUUCGAAAAGACAUGGAAACAAUUCUUGAACAACUAGAAAAAGAAUCGAUUAAGGAGUUGGAGAUGAAGUUCAUAGAAGAAGAGUCGAAACUGCUAGAAGAGAAGAAAGCAGAAACUGAAUUAGAUGGUCUGAAACAAGCAGUGAACGACUUGAAGAAAUCAGAAGGAAACAAAGCCCAACAAUUUGUCUCCCUGAAAUUGUCCUUGAAAAGUAUUGCAGAAACGGAAGACGUAUCUUGUUCAUUGCAAACAAGUGUUGAUGCAGAUAUAUCCUUUAGCUUUGAUCCUGCUAUACUGGAAUUUCUAGAGCAGUUGAAAACUUUUGGAUCGGUCCAACAUGAUUCUGCCACUGAUUUAAGAUCGCCAAAGACAACCGUCUAUUCUGUUACAAGAAUCGAGAAUUUAAAGAUCAGAGUCCAUAAUGACACUCAAACAUGUUGUGUGUAUGGGUCUUGUCUAUCUGAAGAUGGAUCACUCUUACUAGCUGAUAAUUGCAAUAAAAAGAUUAAACGUACAGAUAUUGCAAAAAUGUCGGUGGCAGAUGAUUGUUCUGUUCCUGCUGGACCUGUCGGAGUUUGUUGUACAAGUAAAAGUGAAGCUGCAGUCUGCCUGAACAAUAAGACAAUUUAGUUUCUCUUCCUUGGCAAGCAGAUGACAACCACUCGUCAGAUGACACUGAACCAUUAUUGCUUUGGUAUCGGCUAUAAAGAUAAUAAACUAUACAUAACUGACAGCGGGAAAUCAUUAUACAUACACGAUAUGACAGGCAACUUGCUGCAGACUGUAACUCAAGACAACACCGGGCAAAGUCUAUUCGCAAACAGUCGCCAUGUUGCUUUCAGUGAUGUUGAUGAUAAAGUGUUUGUUGCUAGCUGGAUUAAAGGCCUGGUUUUUGUUGAUGGACAAGGAAACCACUGCCAAACCUUCACUUAUUCAGAAUUAAGCAACCCAACUGGAGUUUGUACAGAUCGUAGAGGAAAUAUUUUUGUCUCCGGGACUAAUUCAAAUAACGUAAUACAGACAGGGAGAAAUGGGAAGGAAAUGGGAGUGGUCGUGAAAGGACUUAGUCAACCAGAAUCAGUUUGUUUUGAUACACGACAAUGCAAAUUACUGAUUACCCAACAACGCAGCAACGAUACUGUCAAAGUCAUCUCUUUGCACUAAAGGAUAUUUAUCUGACGAUAUUUUGCAUAUAUAAGCAUGUGAUGUUUUUCUUGUAUUGCAUUUUGUACAAUUUGCAUCUAAUCAAAGAACGCGUUUUACCACAAUAGUUUACUUAAUCAGUUUUAUUUAAUUCUUGACAUGUAUAUAAUAUGGAAGUUUUUUUAAAACGUUGUUCAAAGCAGCGCGAUACUGAAAAUAGUUUUAAUACCUUAACUUUUCAUAGAAUAUAGGAAGUGUUUCAUUGCGUUCAGCUAUUAACUGGCACAACGUACUAAUUUUAACUCGUGAACUGUACUGCCUAAUGCCAGAAAGUAAUUCACUGCAUUGUACUUUGUUUUCUUUAUUACUUCUAGAGGUUUCGAUCGAAGUAUUGUACGAGUGUUUCUCUGUCUCUUUCCUAGCUAUUCAGGCUUAUAUUUCGGCAUAACAUGGGCAUAAACCACACUGAGAUUUGUGGCAAAUUCAUGAAUCGUGGUAGGUCCUGAUUUUUUAUGCACGAUGCCUAUUUGUGAAUGACGCUUUUAAUUCCUUUAAACUUGUGAACAUGCGAAAAUGAACGUUGUUAUUUACUUCUAUAAUACAUAAUGUAAAUAUUGUCUAAAGUAAAAAUGUCGUGUUUCCCGAAUAUCUUUUGUUAGUAAAUUUAUACUUUUU